GAUUUGAAAUUUGGAUUGCAAUGGCUCACAGUUCAAGUUUGAGUGGCUCGGAUGGCUCUGGCUUAUGUUGAUGUGGUCAACGAAGUUUUUGCAGUAACGGUGGCGUUUUUGCAAGCCAUUAAGCUGAAGCCGUUGUGGUUGGGUGAUUGUUCAGCAAGCAAAUGAAAUCAUCCAAGAAUCACUAAUCAGCCAGGGUGUCCAGCAGUGGUGUAGCCGCAGGGUGGCCAGUCGGCAGGAUGUCUCCUCCACCAGCUGGUCCUUGGGUGCCUCCACCAGCCAGAGCAACCCGUGCACCACUCACAGUGAACAUGCUGUCUCCGCUGAAGCUGCGUAUCUCGGAGAUGGAGGCGCUCGCCUCUCUGAUGGCUGACUCGGGCCUGUCGGCCGCCGGAGACACCAGUCCAGAAUCGCGGCGCAGCGGGGACGCUCCCGGCGCGCGGGUGCGUCACGCGCAGCCCCGACCUGUCCGAGGCCGGCGACGGACCAAUAAGGCGAGUGGAUCACAGCGGUCUCGUCGGGCGGGUUUGGCCGACGACUAUGCCCCCGUCAUUCGCCGGCCAGACCGCGACGUGGCGCCACCGUCGGCCGAGGCUGCGCAGGUGGCGCCACCGUCAGCCGCCCGCCGGCCCGUCCACGCCUGCUCGGGACAGAGUGCCAGCACCAGUGAGCGGCUGGAGCCGCCCCCGCCCCCGCCUCCGCCUCCACCCGAGCGGGACGCUGACCACGGGCCGACGGGUCUCCCUGGCACGUUCACCACAGACUCCCAGCUGCCGCCGACGGAGCUGGUACCACCCCUCUCGGAGCUUCUCCCGGAGGCGGGCGCGUCGCUGCACGAGGUACUGGAGAAGUUCCUCUGGGCCAAACAGCAGGCGAGCGCGGCGGCCAACCUCAUGUCCAGCCUACGCCAGGCUGUGGAGCGCAUGGAUCAGGACUCGCCCCGGCAGACUUUGGCGGCGGUGGCGGCUCGAUCAGCCCCGGGCCACGAUCCCGCUCCCCCGGCUCCGACUACCAGCGAGCCCGCCUGUCGGCCUCUGCCGGAGACCGGCGUGGCCGCCCCCAGACCCACCGUGACGCAAACGGUGUCACAGACGGUGUCACAGGCCGUGACGCAGGCCGUGACACACAGCUCUCUGCUGGCCACCUCGUGCUCGCUGACGGGCGCGCCGUGGCCGGGGAGCGUCACGCCGCUCUCGGCCGGCUCUGAGGGCUCAGCCAGCUCGGCAGAGUCGGUCUCCGUGAUGCCCGAGGAGUCGCGCUCGCAGCUGCUGCCGACGGCUACUGAGUCGCGCGACUCGCGCCGCGGCGCGGCCACAGGACAGGGCUCGGAGCUGGACUGGCGCUCCGUCUCUGCCAGCGACACGGCGCCGGGCCGCGGGGGACCGCCGCCGGCCGCCGCCCCCGCCUCCCAGCUGCGACAAGUGGAGGCCCUGAGACGGCGCUACCAGCGCCAGCAGGACAAACUGCGCCGCCUCGAGCAGACCAACUACGUACUGAAUCUGGCUGUGGACGGCCAGGAUAAGACGAUCCGCACUCUGAGCACGCAGCUGGAGGACACCAAGGAGGCGCUGUUGCAGGAGAUCAGCCAGCAGCCGACCCCGGCGCCGGCGGCCGGCCGCGGAGACGCCACGCAGACCGGACCCAGUCUGGUGACUCUCAGGGCGGCCCGCGAGGACGGCACCCAGACGGCUCCGGACGGUGGUGUGGAGGAGGGCGACCCGCCGCCGCCGCGGGUAGAUUCGCCUGGUCCCCCGCCCGGUAGUGGUCAGGCGGAGAACAAGAAAACUACCUCAGUGGCCUGUGGUGACGGCGGUGGCUUGGAAUCGGCGAUAGCUAUGGUAGACAGCCGGAGACCGACCCUGGUGGAGACGGCCACCAGCCCGGUAUCGGAGCCGGACCCGGAGCCGCAGCCGGAGCGGCAGCCGGAGCCGGGGACAGGUCACAUUCAGAGAGAGGCUUCUCGGACCCGGUCAGAGCGGGACGAAACUACGGACGAGAGGAGCGAGCGAGAGGUGCGGCGACUGCUGGCGGCGCUGGACGCCAAGGAACGCGAGCUGGCCUCGCUGAGGGCGGAGCGGCUCGGCGCCACCCCGGACCGGUACCUCCCCGACCAGGCCUUCAUCUCAACACCGGUCUCUGGCGUCACACGAGCCGCUCAGCCUCAGCCGGUCUCUGAAUGGCCCGGUGUGCCUGGCGUGGGUCCGCUUUCCGCCGAGGGAGGCCGCCGGCCGGCAGCGGCCGCCCCCCGGGCCUGGUCCUCGGAGGCGGUACGGCAGUGGGCGCCGCCGGCCGACGGGCGGACACACAGACGACACAGCUUCACUGCCCCUGCCCAGCGGGAGGGUGCUCUGUGGCGUCCGCUGGCUGCCGAGCCGGUCCGCGUGCAGCGGUCCCUGCUGCCCGAGUUUGAGCAGGUGGACGUCGCUGCCGGGACGCGGCCGGCCGCCGCCCCACACCAAGAGUAUGACGAUGAGUGCGAGCGUCUGCAGGAGGCGCUGAACAAGGGCCGAUCAAAGAUUAUCCAGCUAGAGGAGGAGAUUUUCGAGCUCAAGUGCGCCCGACGCCGACACGGCAGUGGCGAGUCCGGCUCGGCGGCAGACCUGUCCCGUCUGACCGGCUCCGUGCUGCUGGGCGGCGGCGGUCCGGGCUCCGGCGACCCGUUCCCGGGCAUAGUGCGGCUCACGGAAACCAAGCUGCAGGAGGCGUAUCAGCUGCUGGUGCGGGAGCGGCAGCGGGCCGGCCAGCUCACCAAACAGGCCUCCGAGGCGGCGCAGAGGCUGGAGAAGGCGGCGGCGGCGACAGCUGAGCUGAAACAGCAGCUGGCGCGGUCUGUUCAGGAGCGACAGCAGCUGCAGGGCCAGCUGACGGCUGCCGAGACGGCCGGCACCGAGCUGAGACAGCAGCUGCAGAAGCUCAGGGAGGAGGUGCAGAGCAAGGACACUCAGCUGGCGCGCACGUCUCAGCACCUCGAGGAGAGGGUAGCUCAGGUGUCCUCCCUGUCCCGCGAGCUGGAGGCGGCCCGCGAGGAGGCCGUCCGCCAGGAGCGCGCCGCCGCCGUCCGACAGGACGACCUGCUGACCCGGGUCACCCAGCUGGAGCAGACGGCCGACGCGCUCCGACUCGAGAACAAACGGCUCGGCCAGGCGCGCGACGAGGCCGGCCACCUGGCUGCGAGCGAGCGGCGGCUGCGGCAGCGUGUCACCGAGCUUCAGGAGCGGCUCGACCAGAGCAACAACACGGCCAAGAUGCUGGAAAACUACAUCCACUUCCUCAAGUCGUCUUACAACAGCAUGUUCGGCGCCCCGACCGCGGCGGGCGGCUCACCGGGGGUCGGCUCCCUGGCCUCGUCUGACGGGCACGGGGCGGCGCGUGGUCUGUUCCAUCUGUCCGGGAAAUGAACUGGUGCUGUCCCGCCGCCAGGGGCUUACCUGAGUGUGUCUGAAGACGACUCAUCACUCAGCUCAGAAGACCUCAGCUCGUCCCCGGAGAUCCUCAAAAACACACCGCCUCGUCUGCCGUUAAUGGGCUGGUGGAACUUUCGUCCACUCUGUCUCCUUGACGAUAAUUGGAACGUGACAUUUUACCUGAGCCAGAGAAGAAAUAUUGUUGCCGUUUAAAGUCGUUGUUUAUGUAAGCCGUGCGCGCUGGUAGGUUUCCUCCUGAUGACAAAAGUUACACUGCGUGGGCACCUGCCCCCGCGAGUCGGAACAAGUGUGCGCUGCUUUAUUUAAAAGCUCGGUAUCAUAGUCGUGACGUCAUGAUCACAACACGGGCGAAACAUGAUUCCGUACAAUACCCAGACGGGUGUCUUUUUACCUAGCCUCAACCGUUGGCUGUUUUGGUGAACCACCUACGCUCUGUCCGGCUGUGUGAUAAUGAAAUGUCCGAGAAUCGCGAAUAAGGACACUGUGAUCUGGGCAUGGAUAUAUUUACUGCAUGAUCUCCACGACGUCAUUUAUGUGCAUUUAUCAUUGUAGAUCACCAUACUCAUCGUCCCUGGACCAAGGGUUGUGUAAAAUGAUCUUCCCAUGGUAAUGUUGUCGUCGAUCUCAGUUUUCCUAGUCAUCGUAAGGACUGCGAGUAUCGUCUGUUUGCUGAUUGUUUGAAGUUUUGGUUGGGGGAUGGGAUUUACCGUUCUAGUCAUCUGUUCUCGUCAGAGUUACGGAAUUUAAUAAAUACCACCCAAUGUU